ACAGUAAGAACAAUGGUUUGUCAUACACAUCUUUGACAUUGUCGUCUUUCUAGAGUUUCCUCCCUCAUUGUACUAGUGUUUGUGCUGUUGCCCAAGGUUUGGGAUUUCCGACACUAGCUGAAUAGCCCCAAAUAGAAUAACGUGAUGAGAACUAAUGGAAAAUGAGAACAAUCGCCUCGUUGUGGCCACCAGCCCUGCCCGAAGUUUGGUUUUCUUUGACUUGGAGACAACAGGACUUGGUCAGAGCUGUGAAAUCGUUCAGCUGGCUGCAGUAAGUGGGGGUCACUCCCUGAACCUCUACACUGUCCCUCGAUGUCGGAUGCAGCGUGGAGCCGCCAAGGUCACAGGCUUCAGAGUCUGGAGGCACAGGCUCUACCACCAUCGCUGCCCUGUCCUGACCAACUCCCUCAAAGAAGUCCUAGUCUCCUUCAUAGCCUUCUUGCGCAUGCUUGACCGCCCAAUUGUCGUUGGUCACAAUAUCCGUCGCUUCGACUGCCCUGUGCUAGCUAGAGGGCUUGAUGAGUUUGACCUUAAAGCGGAGUUCCAGUUCGCAGUUUCUGGUUGCUUGGACACGCUCCCGUUGGCGCGAGAGAUUCUGAAGGGACGCGGACUCCAGAGUUUUCGUCAGGAAAACCUUGUUCGGAUAGUGGUUGGCAUCUCCUAUGAGGCACAUGAUGCCUUGGAGGAUGUGCGGGCACUGCAGAGGCUCUAUGGUGCCCUCAGGCCCACGCCAGAGCAGGUCCUCAGGCAGAGCUUCACCCUGGACACCAUGGCAGAGCCAGCACCCAAGCAGCCCCCUGCAGCCAAGGCCAAGGGGUCCUGUAGGGCAACAGGUCAGUGGCCCCUGUGGAAGAACUUCAAACAGGAAGUGAAGGUCACAGAGGGACCCAAAGGGGACACCACAGGCCAGGGUGAUGCAACUCUUAUUAUGGAUAAUGGUUGUAAAUGAAACGAAAUGGGCAUUUUCACAUGUUGUGGAGAUUAUAAAUUACAGACGCUCAGUUAAAUAAUUUAAGGUUCUGACUUUGUGAUGGAUUGUAAUAUGUUUGUGUAAUUGUUUUUAAAUUCAAUGUUUUCAGAAAAUAAAGCUGUUAUUUUGUUUUUGUAGCACUUCAACCUGUUAGGGGAAUUCAACCAGAGAUGGGUUAGAACAGUUACCUGCUACCCUCCCAGGGUAAUUGUUAGCCAUAGCAUUUACACAGAGAUAUCUAUCAAACGUCUUAGAAUAGGGAGUGCUGAUUUUAUGAUCAGGUUUGCCUUCUUAAAUCCCUAUGAAUAAUAUUACAUGGAGAUGGGACCUGAUCCUAGAUCAGCACCACUACUCUGAGAUGCUCUCCUUUCCAAAUUCUACUUUACCAAUAAUGUUGUGGGUUUGUUACAUUUGUUGAGGAAUAAAAGUACAUUCAAAAGGUG